UGCGACCAGAUCACCCCAGAUGAGGAGCAGAGGCUGGGCCAAGCCGGUUUCAUGCAGAGGCAGUUCGGGGCCAUGCUCCAGCCGGGGGUCAACAAAUUCUCCUUGAGGAUGUUUGGCAGCCAGAAGGCCGUGGAGAGGGAGCAGGAGAGGGUUAAGUCUGCCGGGUUCUGGAUCAUCCACCCCUACAGCGACUUCAGGUUUUAUUGGGAUUUGACCAUGCUGCUCCUGAUGGUAGGGAACCUGAUCAUCAUCCCCGUGGGCAUCACUUUCUUCAAGGAUGAAAACACUACCCCAUGGAUUGUCUUCAAUGUGGUUUCGGACACGUUCUUCCUCAUCGACCUUGUCCUCAACUUCCGAACAGGCAUCGUGGUGGAGGACAACACCGAGAUCAUCCUGGACCCACAGAGGAUCAAGAUGAAGUACCUCAAGAGCUGGUUUGUGGUGGAUUUUAUCUCCUCCAUCCCCGUGGACUAUAUCUUCCUGAUCGUGGAGACCCGCAUUGACUCGGAGGUGUACAAGACGGCCCGGGCCCUGCGCAUCGUGCGCUUCACCAAGAUCCUGAGCCUGCUCCGGCUGCUGAGGCUCUCCCGGCUCAUCCGCUACAUCCACCAGUGGGAGGAGAUCUUCCACAUGACCUACGAUCUGGCCAGUGCCGUGGUGAGGAUCGUGAACCUCAUUGGGAUGAUGCUGCUGCUGUGCCACUGGGACGGCUGCCUCCAGUUCCUGGUGCCGAUGCUGCAGGACUUCCCCGACGACUGCUGGGUGUCCCUGAACCGCAUGGUGAACGACUCCUGGGGGAAGCAGUACUCCUACGCCCUCUUCAAGGCCAUGAGCCACAUGCUGUGCAUCGGCUACGGGCAGCAGGCGCCCGUGGGCAUGUCGGACGUGUGGCUCACCAUGCUCAGCAUGAUCGUGGGCGCCACCUGCUACGCCAUGUUCAUCGGCCACGCCACCGCCCUCAUCCAGUCCCUGGACUCCUCCCGCCGCCAGUACCAGGAGAAGUACAAACAGGUGGAGCAGUACAUGUCCUUCCACAAGCUCCCGGCGGACAUGCGGCAGCGCAUCCACGACUACUACGAGCACCGGUACCAGGGGAAGAUGUUUGAUGAGGAGAGCAUCCUGGGGGAGCUGAGCGAGCCCCUGCGAGAGGAAAUCAUCAACUUCAACUGCCGGAAGCUGGUGGCCUCCAUGCCCCUGUUUGCCAACGCAGACCCCAACUUUGUGACGUCCAUGCUGACCAAGCUGCGGUUUGAGGUGUUCCAGCCGGGCGACUACAUCAUCCGGGAGGGCACCAUCGGCAAGAAGAUGUACUUCAUCCAGCACGGCGUGGUCAGCGUCCUCACCAAGGGCAACAAGGAGACCAAGCUGGCCGACGGAUCCUACUUCGGAGAGAUCUGCCUGCUGACGCGGGGCCGGCGCACGGCCAGCGUGCGAGCCGACACCUACUGCCGCCUGUACUCCCUGUCCGUGGACAACUUCAACGAGGUGCUGGAGGAGUACCCCAUGAUGCGCAGGGCUUUUGAAACCGUGGCUCUGGACAGGCUGGACAGAAUUGGCAAGAAGAAUUCCAUUCUGCUGCAUAAAGUCCAGCAUGACCUGAAUUCGGGUGUUUUCAACUACCAGGAGAAUGAGAUCAUCCAGCAGAUCGUGCAGCACGACAGGGAGAUGGCUCACUGUGCUCACAAUGUCCAGGCCGCCGCCGCCGCCGCCUCCACACCCACCCCGGUCAUCUGGACCCCGCUGAUCCAGGCCCCCCUCCAGGCUGCAGCAGCCACCACGUCCGUGGCCAUCGCCCUGACCCACCACCCCCGGCUCCCCACAGCCAUCUUCCGUCCACCCGUGUCCGUCCUGGGCUCCCUGGGGCAGCAAUCCAACCAGACUCCCAGGCAGCUGAAAAGAUUUCAGUCCCUGAUCCCAUCGACCGGCCCCUCUGUCGUCGGCUCUCCCUCCAGCACUCCAUCCCAGCUGCACACACCCGGAGCAGAAACCCCCUCGUCCUCUUCCUUCCACAUCCAGCAGCUCGCAGGGUUCUCAGCUGCCGCCGGCUUAGGCCAGUUCCAGGUGGGAUCCCCUCCAGGUGGCUCAAGCCAGCCGGGUUUGAGCAGCACCUCCUCGGUGGGACUGAGCCAGUUCCAAAGCGCACCUUCUGGAUCACCCUUAGGUGCAGCUCAGCCGGUGCAGCAGCAGCAGCAGCAGCAACAGCAACAACAGCAGCAGCAACAGCAGCAGCAGCAGCAACAGCAGCAGCAACAGCAACAGCAGCCAGCCCUUUCCAGCAGUGGAUUUGGGCACUUCCAGCAAGCCACAACCAGCUCCCCAUCGACGUCCCUCACCCAGCUCUCAUCAAACUCACCCCCCAGUCUUCUCAACCAGUUCCAGCCAACCACCAGACCACUGCAGGGGGGACAGUUACAGCAGCUCUCGGGCAGUGGGACUUUGGGGGGAAUGAAUCACUUCCAACCCCCUCCUUCUUCCAACUCUCCAUCCUCCAGCCUAAGCCAGCUGGCACAGGCCUCAGGUGGGCCGUCCUCAGGCCUGUGCCAAACACAUCCAAGUGCAUUAGGAUCUUUAACUGGAACGAUAGCCCAGCUCCACCAAGAACGGCCUCCCUUUGCCUCCGUGUCUCCACUGCAACAGUCCGGUGUCGCCUCUCCCUGUUACACCCCUUCUGGCCUUAGUCCUCCCAGUCAGAGCCCAGUGGCAACAAGAACUUUCCAGAGUGGCCCUGCCGGGCCCACAGGCUCUCACGGCUCGCUGCUGCUGCCCCAGCCCGCCAGCCCCCCUCCGCAGAUCCUGCAGGCCAAAGGCACGGCGCCGGUGCCGCCGGGACGGCUCAACCAGGACAUCAAGCUGAUCUCUGCUUCCCAGCCAUCUCUGCCCCAGGAGCUGGCGCAGACACUGGGCCACAGCUCUCCUCAUUCCUCUAGAGAAUCUGUUUCUAGCUUCUCUCCUUUUCCUGGAGGAGGGACUGGACUUCUGGGGAAGCCUUGUAGCUCGAUCCCCGGGCGUGUGACUUUGCCGCGGCAGAUGUCCUCAGGGUCUUUGCCACACCCGCUGGUGUUCGGGGCCGGCGCUGCUCCUCUGACUGCUGGUGGGCGCAAAGAAUCCAUAGUGCUCACAGGGGAUCUGGAGCCCGUCAGAUCCAAACUGCCCUCCAAUUUGUGAGGACUCCUCCCGAGAGCUGGUUAUGUCAGCCCUGCAGUUCAGUUCCUGAUGAGUUCAUGAAGCAUUUUUUUUCCCCUUUCCUUCCCCCCCACCCUCGCGCCCGCUUUGUUUUCUCCAUUUCGUUUGUUUAGGUUUAACUGUGCUUAGAAACAAAGAAAAACACAUGAAAAACAACAACAACAACAAAAAAAGAAGAUAACCAGGUAUUCUUAGAGCUAUAGAUUUUUGGUCACUUGAUUUUAUAGAAUAUUUUAAUACAUGGAACAAAAGGAUAUGAGCAAAUUUAAUCCAACGAGGUAACGCACAGGCGAGGCGUGUGCCUGAGCUGGAACAUGUGAAUGAUCAGCCAUAGAAGCCACCAAAAAAAGGUUUUCCUGUUGAGACAAAGAUCCAAGGUUGACGUGGGCUGUAGGAGGUGACAUCAGGUCAGGUCUGUAGCUGGUGUUUUAGGACAGCCCUGGUUGGCCUCAGCUGUGACCCUGGUCUGCAGCACCUGGUUCUGGGGGUUGUGGAUGGCCCACUGUGAGCACCAGAAGGUGUCCCUUCCUCCCAUGUUCCCUCCUGUGUUCAGAUUGCAAAGCAAGCAAGAAGAGGGGGGAGUUUCAUUAUUCCAGACCCCUCUAGGGAUUUCCCAAGGGCCAAGUUUUGGUUUGGACUCCACUUGAAGAAGAUGAAGGUGACCAGCAGGCGGACGGGCCUCACUCAGACUGUCUCUUUCUGACUCCACUGAUGCUCUGAUGGGAACAAGGAGCAGUCCCUUGUAGGUCACAAGGAGGGCAGUGAUUAUCCCCUCUGUAUUUUUGUCAUGGAUGUGGGCAGUGGGAAAAAUCAUGGCUCUGCCAGCAUACCAGGCAGUGACCUCAAGCUGGCACAAAGGCCCAAACUUCAGCCUCUCCAUGGUUUGGAAAGUGUGUGUGCAAAGCCAGGGGAGGGAUGGAGAAGGAAAGCACUUGAACCUUCCCCUGCCACGUUACUGUCUCAGUGUCCAUGGGCUGACUGCUUUGAAGAGAACUAGAAAAGGACUGAGCAGUGGGGUGCAGUCACCCCUGCCCUCCUCCUCCUCAGCCUAGAGGAGUUUGAGCUUUGAGGCACCCAGAGUAGUUCUGGUGCCCAGCCAAGAAUCCUCCAGAUUUGCAACUCUGUUUUCACCACUCACACCAGAUUAGACCAGAGAUUUGGCCAGCCAUGGUCUGUGCUUCCCCCCCGCCGGGGGGUCCGAAAUCCUUCGUUUGACUUCACCAGCAAUAAGAGCUGCACCCGAUGGGCUUUGGCCUGGCCCUGCAGCUGCAGCGUCACUGGACACACCUGGGGCCUGGCAGGCACCUGGAGCUGGAGUUUUUGGGCUCCCCUAAGGCAGUCAGAGUGGGAUGAGGGCGUGAGGGGCCGCUGGGUGCACACUGAGAAGAUGCAGCCUUUACCUCUAGAGUGAAUGUCUCCUUUUCUGUUACUUUGAUCCUUUCUCUGUUUCAGUUUUUCUUAGGCCAAGAGGUGUCUACACCUCACUGUAAGAGUCAGGUGCUCAACUUUUCUAACCCUUGUUAGAAAGACAUCCAGCCUCCCUCUGUUUCCAGCUAUCAUGGGGUCCCCAGAGGGAAAGCAGGACUUCAUGCAGCAGUGCCAAAAACUUAUCCCAGUAAUGAUAUAGGUCCCUCAAACUCCCUCUCUGACCUCCUCCCACCCCCAAAACACUGGCUGACAGUUGUUUUUUAUACUAAAUUGUUUGCAAAACUCUUUGACAUGUGCCUGUAUCUCGAAUGUUGCUGCAGCAUUCCUGGGCACUCCUGCUUCAACGUGCUUUGGUGGCUCAGAAUUCAGAUGUAAUCAGCUUUGGUCUUCCUUAAAGGGUCAGGGGAACUCUAGAAAUGUUUUUUCUACUAGCUACAUACACCUAUAUAUGUGUGAGUGUGUGUGGUGGGAGGGGUGCAUGUGUGUGUGUGUGUGUGUUUGUAUAGAUUUUAUAUAUCUAUCUAUAUACACACACAUGCUUUUAUAUAUAUAGUAUAGUUAUACACCUAUGUAGUCUAUUUAUGCACACAUGUAAGCACACACACACACACACAUUUAUAUAUAUAUAUAUAUAUAUAUAUCCUAGUUUUAAAAUACAUGUCGAUUUUGACCCUCCUGUAGGACUGAUUGGCAGGUGAUAAUUAUAAUCUAUAGAUCCUGCUUUUCCAAAUAUGUACAGGUUCAUCUUGAAACAGGAAUUGAAGCAGACUCACAGACCCUCUCAUAUUUUCAAAGGUAUGAGGCAGUUCCUAAAAGGAAGACUCACAAUAUCCUUUUCAGUUUUCUACUUGGUUUAGCAAACUUUUUCCCCCAUGUGCUGGAGGGCCCCUAGAACGAGCAUCUCGAGAGGUUGGGAGCUGAGUCUGGCUGUGGGGUGGGAAAGCAGGGAGGAAAGGUCUCCAGCCCAGCAAUGCCAAGCCCUGCUCGAUGGCUGUCCUGUGACUGCUGCACUGGUACUUGAAUUCCCCAGCCCCGUGGACACUCAGACAGGGGGGCACAGGACCCCCAGGGCUGGCUCUGGCAGACGUGUGUUCCAUCACCACUGCUGAACAUCCUCCUUUGCUUUGUGUUUCACGGGGAUCUCCUUUGGUUUCCCAGUUCUUAGCAGUGCAGUAGCCAAUAUUGAGUUAUUCUGACUGGACCCCAGUCAACACUAGGCUUGUCUCAGUAGGUGGAACUAUAUUUAUUAUUAUUAUUAUUAUUAUUAUUAUUAUUAUUAUUAUUACUACUGUUAUUUUUGUUUUCU